AUGACGGCUGAGCCAGGCAACCUCACUGGCUUGAAUUCUUUCAAGUACAGUGGUCUCGCUGGCAAAAUGGUCUUGGGCUUGGAUUCCAAGAAGGUGGGAAAGAAGGAGUCCAUUGUCCUCACCACCCGCAGCAAGAGGAAGGGAAGGCAACAGCGGCCCGGCACCGUCCUGGUCACCACCGGGAUCAAGAAAGGCAGCAAGAAGGGCCCCGAGCAGCUGAAGAAGAUCAUCGCGACCACCUACAACCGCCCAGAGAUGCUGGCAAUGGCCCUCACCAAGUACAGCAAGAUCAAGAAGUCUUUCAAGAAGAAGGUGGCACUGCAGUCCGCCUCUGGGAGAAGUCUCCUGCGUGUGCAAAUCAACGGUAAGACUGCACGAACCCAAGGUCUGUCCGGAGCCGGAAGUAAGCCAUGGAUGCAGCUGGUGGCGGCACGAAAAAAAGGGCAUGCCGUAGUUGCUUGUGCACUUUGUGCGUCACACGCACAGACUAACCUCCGGAUGUCUGCACAUGAUCCGUCAAAACACAAACAGAUGUAA